AUGAGUGGGAUCGAUCUUGCCGUGUUGUAUUUCGGCCUGUUUCUAGGCAUCUUCCCAUUUACUCUGGUCAAGGUCGCCGAGCAGACUCGUAAAAUUCUUUCGCGAUCACGAGGUCUUCACAAUGCGUACCUCUAUAUGAUCUGGGUUGAGGCGCUGGUCAACCUUGUCUUUGCUCUCGUCACGUUUCUCUACUUAAAGGGAGUCAUCCCUGGCACUACUGCCUUCUAUUGUGGCACUGUGUUACUAUGGGCUGUUCAGACACAGCUUCUCUCUCAGAUUAUCGCCAAUCGAGUCUCGCUCAUCAUGGUCCACAAGCACAAGGCAAGGUGGCUCAAGAUUGGGCUUUUCGUAUCGAUCACCUGCGUCAACAUUGUCGUGUGGGUAAUCUGGGUCAGAGCGCACGAACCUUACGCCACCCCAUUUGACGUCGAGCUCAACGAUUACUUCGAAAAGACUGAGAAGUCGUUUUUCCUCAUCAUAGACUUGGGACUCAACAUGCUGUUCUUAUACUUGGUUCGAUUCCGCUUAAUUGCGUCCGGGUUAAGCAAAUACUGGCGGCUCUUCAAGUUCAACAUCGGCAUGGUGGCCCUGUCCACCUCCAUGGACAUUCUCCUUCUCGGUUUCCUGAGCUUGCCUGAUCCAUACCUUUACGUGCAGUUUGCCCCAGUGGCCUACAUCGUCAAGUUAUACAUCGAGCUCACCAUGGCCUCGCUCAUCGCAAAGAUUGUGCGCAGCGGCACAAACGACAGAAGUGGUGGCUAUGGUCACCAUUCGUCGGGAGUCCGUCGCAAGAGUCAUGGUAACUACACAACGUUCCCGGGACCGGGAUCCCACAACGGCACUCUGGCCGGAGAGGGUGAGGAUGCGAAUUUUGGACACGAAGUCGAGAUCAACAAGGGAAGUUCGGGGUCAGAUAUUCAUCUUGCAACGUAUCCUGCCGACGACGGGAUCGUGAAGACUGUCACAACAGUGGUGGUGACUGAGAAUGAUAAGGAGCAUGGCAGCACAACAUCGGGGCCGAGUGACCGCGAGCAUCCCCGGGACAUGUGCUGA